GUAUUGGAUUUCCUCAAGAGUGUAGGACGCACAGAGUCUAAUGGAAAAGGGCAAUUAUGGUGUACGAACGGAGGUGAAGUCCCUCAACUUUGAUUCCAAAUAUUAGCCGUUACAAUCUGAGCGUCAGUCAGAUCCAUCAGCGCAGGAACAAGCGGUGGAAGUUUGACGGCGCAGCAGAACUGUGCGGUAAGCUUUCGCAACUGCGCUUAGCUGCCUGUGCAGCAAACAUUGAAUGCAGUGUGAUUAGAUGUAGUGGGCUGUGUGAGUAUUGGAGGAAAGAAAAUUGUGGGUCCAGUGAAAAGGACGGCACACUCAUUGGGGUUCAGACCGGCGGCGGUGAACGUCGGGAGACCAACGAGAGGCAUUUUAAUGUUUGUCGUUGCAGCACCGGAAUGUAAGAAAUAUGGAGACGUGAGGAAUGUCUAAAAGAUGAGGAAGCCUUGAUCAAUGACUGAGUUCAUCAGUGAGUCGUAAACGAGGGACAAUUACCUACAAUGCUGGGUCCGCACAAUCUUUAGCAACGCAGGGUGUUUCUGAAGGGGAGCCAGGGUCCAGCAGAGGAACAGAUUACAUUGCGGGAUUUGCCUCGAGGUUCAAAUGGAAUACAGUCCUUAUCAAUAACGUUCUCACCACAGUACAGGAAUGGGCGAUGGGAUGCGCUGCGGCUCUGCAAUGACGAGGCUGUGGGUUUAUGUCGGGCUUGUCAGCAUCACCUGGCGUCUGAGCUUCUCCCAGAUAUCAACUGGAACUCCCAAAGAGGCAGAACUUAAUGACAACAUUACCAUUUUUACCCGAAUCCUUGACGGAUUGCUGGACGGCUAUGACAACAGACUCCGCCCCGGUCUGGGAGAGAAGGUGACUGAGAUCAAGACAAACAUCUUCGUCACCAGCUUCGGACCGGUCUCAGACACUGAGAUGGAAUACACCAUCGACGUCUUUUUCCGCCAGAGCUGGAAGGACGAGCGCCUGUGCUUCAAGGGUCCCAUGGAGAUGCUCCCCCUGAACAACCUGCUGGCCAGCAACAUCUGGACGCCCGACACCUUCUUCCUCAACGGGAAGAAGUCCAUCGCCCACAACAUGACCACCCCCAACAAGCUGCUGCGCCUGAAGGACGACGGGACGCUGCUCUACACCAUGAGACUGACCAUCUCGGCUGAGUGUCCCAUGCAGCUGGAGGACUUCCCCAUGGACGCUCACGCUUGUCCACUCAAGUUCGGAAGCUAUGCAUAUCCUGUCUCAGAGGUGGUCUACACGUGGACUCAGGGAGCCGCCAAGUCUGUGGUGGUGGCGGAGGAGGGCUCCAGGCUCAACCAGUACCACCUCAUUGGUCAGACCGCUGGGACAGAGGAUAUCUACACCAGCCGAGGUCAGUACACAGUGAUGAUGGCCCACUUCUACCUGAAGAGGAAGAUUGGCUACUUUGUCAUCCAGACGUACAUGCCUUGUUUCAUGACUGUAAUCCUGUCCCAGGUGUCCUUCUGGCUCAAUCGCGAGUCUGUGCCCGCCAGAACCGUCUUUGGAGUCACGACCGUGCUCACCAUGACCACCCUCAGCAUCAGCGCCCGUAACUCGCUCCCCAAGGUGGCCUACGCCACGGCCAUGGACUGGUUCAUCGCCGUCUGCUACGCCUUCGUGUUCUCCGCCCUCAUCGAGUUUGCCACCGUCAACUACUUCACCAAGCGGAGCUGGGCCUGGGACGGGAAGAAGGCUCUGGAAGCCCAGCAGCCGAAGAAAAAGGACCCCAUGGCUCUGUCUAAGAAGCCAAACAACGCUUGUUCGUCGGGGGUGAACUACACGCCCAAUAUCAGCAAGGACAGCUCCAUCUCCACCAUCUCCAACAGCACAGCCGUCCAGCUCAAACCCGCCGAGACCAAGGCCCCGGAUCCGAAAAAGACUUACAACAGCGUGAGCAAGAUUGACAAGAUGUCCAGGAUAGUUUUCCCGGUUCUCUUUGGAACAUUUAACCUGGUCUACUGGGCCACGUAUCUUAACAGGGAGCCUGUGAUUAAAGGAGCAGAUUCCCCAACAUAAGGCCCCUCGUCACCCCCCCCCUUCCCCCUACGUCAGCCAUAUUGUUUGAUGAACUGGAACGCUAUCGACAACAAAGCCAAGCUCUCAAUCCUUACUCCCGUCAUUGAUUAGGGGAGUUUUUCUUCGUUUCCAUCGCACUGCAUUACAGUACUGUACAUUGCAUGAUCAUAGCUGUAGAAACGUUUUGCCAUGUCUGCCUUGACUUUCUACUGUAUGAUAAUCUGCUACUUUCUUAACGGAUGCGUUCAAUUACUUCAUGACACACCUCUAGCAAUCCAGUCAUUGGGAGUUUCUUUCCGACACCAAUCCUGACGAGGAACAUUUAGCAUUUGGCAUUAACAUUUAGGUUUUUUGUUUUCUCAUAGGGUCGAGAUAGUUUGUGUUGAAAAGUACAGCAAGGCCAAAUGCUAUGCAAAACUACUGAUAUUUUUACUGUGUUGUGACCUAUUACUCAGAACCUGCUUCUAACCUUUGAAUCUCUCGCUUUUUUGACAAACGGGUCUGAAACAUUCUAGUUUCAGCCUUGGCCCAAGCACACAGGACUGUGUUUUCUCGUUAAAAGCAGAAGAAUAGCCAUGCUAAAUGUGUUGCCUUCAGAGUGUUAACUCGUCACGAAUGCACUGAAAUUUCCUGCAAUUCCUUAAAAAAAAAAAAAGCCAGUGUUGUCAUGUUCACAGUCCAUGUACAGCUAUGCCACAUCUCAUUUACGAAGGAU